AGAUUAAAAUUGUCUGAUAUUAUAAUUUAGGCUUGAAUCAGAAAUGCACCUAAACAAAGGAAUAAGAUAAACACGCUGCUAUUCAGAGAAUUGACACAAUUUUGACAUGGCAAGUGAGAUUUAUUUGGUUGAACUCAGUGCUGACCUACCUUCUAAAGUAGUGGUAGGAUAAUAGCCUUUCUGUUUGCAUCGAGACUAUUGGAGACGUCUAAAGACCAUGUCAACUGGUAGGACUGCUUCUUGCAUUCCAGGGUAAUUCCAUUCGGGUCAUUAGGCUACAGAAUAUUUUUUAAGACAUCACACCUUUCUCAAGCUAUACGAUACAUUCUGAACGAAAACACCACAAAGGAACUGUUUUUGACAAUUGUAUGAGCAGUAAAAUUGGACUGUUUUGAGGACACCCAUCCCGUCCAUACUGCGGCCACAAUCUAUCUCCAGCAGGCUCGACACUGCCCCGGAACGUGUAUUCACCCCGCUGUGGUCAUCAUCCGGGAUUGCGCUGGUAUAAAACUUUCGUCUAUCUGCUUUGACAUCUCGUCGACUCCCGCGUCCUACUAAAGCAAAUAACGAGGACAUUAUUCAAUCGCUAUUAGGUCUACGUACAGAACGAUUAUUUAUCAGGCUCGCGUGCGUUCUUGUUUUAGUGUUCCAUACCGAAACGUAUCUAUAUGAUGACAAUUGCCUAGGAUUAGCUAGAUGACAAUUCGUUUUCCAAGGUACCCCAAGAGGUAGCCUGAUGUUAUGAGGGUGUUUUGACACAUCAAAGUGACGCGUGUGAUAUUAGUUGUUUAUCAGCAACAGGAAUCAAGGAUAUUCGUAAUGCAGUUUGUUACGUGUGAAGGCGGUUACAUUGAAACAAUGUAUCAGAAUGGCAUCACGUCUCGUGCCUGGGAAGCGAAUUGAUGAAGGAUUGUUGUUACACUGUAGCUACCCGAUUGUAAAUAGUUGACUUUUCGCAUGUUAUUGGUGAGCUAUUUUUCCAUUACGUGGAGAUGGUGAUUAUAUUUUUCCAGUGUGCCCUUCAUCGUCAUCAUUCGGCUCCUGUGUUCCAUUUUUGAAUUUCUUCGAGGCUGACACGUAUGCUACAGUAAGGACUUUAUGACAGAAUACACAAACAUGGGAACUCAGAUUACUGGUAGUGGAAGAAAAAGAAUCCCCAACAGGGAGAGACUGACCGCGGAGGACGAUGCCCUCAGUCAAAUUGCUCGAGAGGCUGAGGCGAGACUGGCAGCGAAGCGGGCGGCCAGAGCAGAGGCACGGGAGAUACGCAUGAAGGAACUGGAGAGACAGCAGAAAGAGAUGUAUCAAAGCCAAAAGAAAUACUAUGGUCUGGACAACAAAUGGGGCCACAUUGAGCAGUGGAUGGAGGAGAGUGAGAGGUACUCCUCCCGUCCUUCACGGAGACACACGUCGAUCUCAGACGAUGAGGAACGGAUGUCGGUGGGGAGCCGAGGAAGUCUUAGGAGAAACUUCUCAUCUGAUCUGUACUGCAGCUCCAACAGUCUCCCCUCCCUCAGACAUCAAAAUUCCACUCAAAAUGGCCGGCCUUCAGACUACAGUGGUUUUCUGGGCUCCAACUCUCGGGCCUCGUCCAGGGCCAGCUCUGCCCGUGCCAGCCCAGUGGUGGAGGAGAGAUCAGACAGGGACUUCCUGGAAAAGGGUUCCAGGACUGCCUCUACCCUCUCAGCAGCCACUCUAGCAUCGCUGGGCGGGCCCUCCUCUCGCAGAGGCAGCUGUGACACCUCUAUCUCAGUAGAGACAGAGGCCUCCAUUCGAGAGAUAAAGGACUCCCUGGUGGAGUCUGAGGAGAAGUACCGUAAGGCCAUGGUGUCCAACGCCCAGCUACACAACGAGAAGUCCAACCUCAUGUACCAGGUGGACACGCUGAAGGACUCGCUCAUUGAGCUGGAGGAGCAGCUGUACGAGUCUAAACGAGAGUACAACGACAAGGCCAAGGAGUUUGAGAGGGAGAGGCACGCCCACAGUGUUCUGCAGCGCCAGUUUAACGAGAUGAGAGAGACGCUGAAACAGAGUGAAGAACUGCUAACCGAGGUGGGCCAGCUCCGUCUCAAAUGGGACAGCUGUGUUAGGGAGAUCUCCGACCUGCAGGAGACACUCGGAUGGAAGGAGAAAAAGAUUGGGGCCUUAGAGAGGCAGAGGGAAUUCUCAGACGCCGGCGUGCGGGAUGAGCGGGAUAAGCUCAGGGAUCAGGUGGUCCACCUCAAAGACGCUCUGAAGAAAAAUGGGAUAGUGCUGUCACCUGACGUAACCACCAAUGGGGAUGCAGGACAAAUGAUUGACGGGCCUCUCAGUGCAGACUCUACCUCCCGAUUGGCUCAGGAGUCCCAGCCAUCUCAUGGUGGGGAGAGCAUGCUUGAAGUCAGACUGAGGAAAAUAGUUGAUGAGAGGGAGAGUUUAGCUGAUCAGGUGAAGAGGCUGAAGUCUCAGCUGGAGGGGAAACAGAGGAACGGGACAGAGGGUUUGAGUCCUGAGGAGGACGGUCUUGAGAACGGCAUGGACCCCCACAUCCUCGACUUACAGAGGGAUGCCAACCGGCAAAUCAGUGACCUCAAGUUUAAACUGGUGAAAUCAGUACAGGAAGUCACAGCCCUGGAACAGAAUAUCAUCCGGUUGGAGGGUCAGGUGACUCGUUACAAGUCGGCCUCUGAGAGCGCAGAGAAAGUAGAGGACGAGCUCAAAGUGGAGAAACGCAAGCUACAGAGAGAGCUGAGGUCUGCCCUGGACAGGAUUGGUGAGCUGGAGGCCAGUAACAGCCACCUGGCCAAGCGCCUGGAGAAGAUGAAGGCUAAUCGGAGCGCCCUAUUGGCCCAGCAGUGAUGUACUUAUUGGUUGUCAUGGCUAUUUGCAUCUCUGACCUUCCGAUGACCUUUGAACUUUGAUCUAUCAGGCACUCUAUUAACACACACCCAGAGAAUUCAAACCAAGCGAGGACUUGCUGGAGCAAAAGCUUCAAUGAAACAUAUCCACACAUAUUGUAAUCACAGAUUCAUUCAGUGUUGUGCCCAUCUGUACAGUAUAUCCAGUGAUUCACCAAGCGACACAGAGGGAACGUGUUACUGACCCUGGGAACAGUCAUUCAGUGUUGUGCCCAUCUGUACAGUAUAUCCAGUGAUUCACCAAGAGACACAGAGGGAACGUGUUACUGACCCUGGGAACAGUCAUUCAGUGUUGUGCCCAUCUGUACAGUAUAUCCAGUGAUUCACCAAGAGACACAGAGGGAACGUGUUACUGACCCUGGGAACACUCCUCACUGACUGUGACCGAGGCUGGACUCCUCAACUAACUUGUGAAGGAGGAAUAUUCUGCACAAACGGACAGCAAAGAGGACCUAUCUCCACCUAUAGCUCUUAAGAGGACCUAUCCUCCUCCAAUAGCUCUUAAGAUGACCUAUCCUCCUAUAGCUCUUAAGAGGACCUAUCCUCCUCCAAUAGCUCUUAAGAUUACCUAUCCUCCUAUAGCUCGUACGUCGCCCUGUGCCAUGAUUACCCCUAAAGCAUUUCUUCCCAAUCAUUAAUCUCUCUCUGUUCUCUGUAACACGUGGCACUAUCUCUCUGUGCUACUUGGGGUCCAUGUCUGCUCCAGCAAGUUUAUCCAUCCACAGAGAGGAAGAAAGACUAAAAAUGAGUGUUUCAUGUAUAUUCUUCUUUUAUUGUCAAUAUAUUUUGAAGUGAAAAUGCACUCUGCUCCCUCCUGUCCCCCAAGCCAAACUCUGAUGUUAAUGUGUAAGGUGAUGUUUAUUUUUAUGUUGUAUAUGUGUGUGUCUCCAUAGGUAUAUGUCAAGUACAUCAGAUGGGUGGAAAUACACAUGGCACAACAUUAAUUAAGCAAUAAGGCCCGAGGAGGUGUGGUAUAUGGCCAACAUACCACGGCUAAGAACUAUUUGUUGGCCAUAUAUCACAAACCCCCAAGGUGCCUUAUUGCUAUUAUUAACGGGUUACCAACGUAAUUAGAGUAGUAAAAAUACAUGUUUUGUCAUAACCGUGGUAUACAACGGCUGUCAGCCAAUCAGCUUUCAGGGCUCGACCACCCAGUUUAUAAUCAGGAUUAUCCUAUACAUCUCAUUGUUUGUGCCACGUGAUGAAAAUUAUAAUGGUACUUGAGGAAAAAUAUCACCAGCUUUUAAGUCUGAAAUACUAUGUCCUGCCUUGAGAAAUUUAAACGACUCAUUGGGGAACGACAACUCGAACAAUCAGUUGAAAAAUGUACUUCUACUGCAACAGUUUUCGAACGUAUCAAAUCGGCUGUCGCAGUAACACUUGCUGUAAAUGUUCGACAAUCUGACAAACCAGAUCUCAUGCCGAUAAAAACAUCAGUUAUAUUCUGACAUAACGGGAAGUGUUCCCUUAUUAUCCUGCUCCUCAAUCUCAAGCAUGUCAUGCCUUAUUGAGGGGGGGAAGAAAGCAUUGUUGUUCACUUGUGCUUUGGACAUGUUUCCCCUCCUACCCCCUAUACUUUAGUUAAGCUCGGACAUCUACUUUUUGAGGAAGUUACUACAUCUGUUUACAUGCUUUAAAACUAUUGUUAUUUGUCCAUGAAUGAAGCUAAUUGUAAACAUUGUGCAAUAUUGGAAAGGUCUUUGGGAAGGUGAGGCUGUAUGGUCCUUGCUUUACUUGAGAAAUGUAGGGGAUGUUUGAUGUAGCAUUGACAAGCACCACAUUAAACUAAUGCAAACUCUCUGCUAAAA